AUGGAACGGCUUACGAUACACAAGGAAUUACUGCACGAUAGACAAGAUGGUUUUGUGAAGUACACAACUGAUAUUUUGUUUGUUUGCCUCAUUUUGGGAUACUGUGAGUGGAUAGACAAGGCCAAAGUAUCGCUCGAAUUCUGGAAAUACUUCAUCAGUGCGGGCAGAAAUUACAAACAAAACAACAAAGAUGUGCGUAUUUCCCGAGAGCAAGCAUUGAAAGUCUCGGAAACGGAAGAGCAAGGGGAAAUCUAUUAA